AUGUUUAAUAUAAAGAAUAUUGUGAAGAACAUCACAGAUCGGUACCGGCGCCGCGCCGACCGGAAGGCCCAGGAGCGAGUGGCUCAAGAAGUCGACAGAUUCAGGAAAGACGAGCUGAAGAAGAUACAGAAACGCGAAUACCAGCGAUACAAGAGCAAGCUGGAAAUGCUCCGUCAGGAGAUGCAGGAGAAAUACGAGAUGGAGUUGGAAUCAGCCAAGAGGCGGCUAGACGUGGAAAGAGAUGGGCUUAUUGCCGGCUUGGACUUGGAGAGGCAGCGCCGCGCGCCCGCCCUGCUCGAAGAGAACACACGCUACCGCGUGGCACUGGAGCGGCAGCGCGUCGUGCUGGAGAGCCUGGCGGAGCGCUCGGCGGAGCUGGAAGUGCAGAUGCGUGUGGCGGCCGGCGGCAGGCCGGCCGGACACCCGCGCACCUGGUCCGAGCCGGCCGACCCUGGCGCCGCCGCCUCGCGCGACGCUCGGAUCGAGGAGGUGGAGGGUGGCCGGACGGCGUCGGUCUCCUCAGCAGAAGAUGCCUCGGCCGCUGUCGGCGGUGCCGAAGGCUUCCUCUGCCCCACCUGCAUGAAGGGCUUCGCCACUCCGGAACAGCUGCAGCAACAUGACCAGACGGCGCACAUCGACCCCUCCGCCACCUACCUGUGCCCGGUCUGCAAGGCUCGGCUGACCUCGUCGGCGGAGCUGGAGCAGCACUUCGCCAGGAACCACCCGCCGCUGCCGCAGUCGGACGACGUCGAGGUGCUGCAGCACGAGCUGACCGAUGUCAACACCACGCUGAGGGAGGAGCGCUGGUACAGUGAGGAGCUGAAGCGGGAGGUGGCCCGGCUGCAGCAGCUGGUGGAGGCGACACAGUCCGAGGAGACGAUGUUGUACCAGGAGCAGAUCAAGGCGCUGCAGGAGAGCAAGGCGCUGGUCACCUCCGAGGUGAUGUUGCUGCGGAAGCAGCUGACGGAGGCGCUGGAGAGCAGUACAGCUCUGAAGCAGGACUACAAGACGCUGCAGGAGAAGGUGAAGGGAAUAGAAGGAGAGCAGGAGGCCGGGAGCUACGCGGCCGAGAAGGCGGCGCUCAGCGCCGCCGCCGAUGACGCCCAGGGCCGAGUCGACAUGCUGGAGGCGCAGCUUCAGCUCAAGAACAGCACCGACGACGCGGCCCUGCUGCGUCAGGAGCUGGUCCAGGAGAAAUACAGUCAGCUGCAGACGGAGCGACAGGCACAGACGAGACAGAUCCCCAGCAUGGAGGAGGUGGAGCGGUGA